AUGAUUUCUUUUCAAAAUUUAAAGAAAAUUAAGCAAAAACAAAGGCAAGUUGCGAUUCGAAAGGCUUUGAUAUUGGUUGGUUCGAGUUGUCCAGUUGAUGGUGAUGAAGAAUUUCUUUCUGCAUCUGCUGAAAUGAUUGCAAAAAAAAUAGCGAGAAAAGAGCCUAGAUGGACUGCAACGAAUGUUGUUAAGGCUUAUAUACGGAGUGCUAUUCGAAGUAAUGAGAAAAAUAAUUUUAUGACAGAAGUGUUUUUUGUUGAGGCGAUUGAGCAAGCUGCGCUUUUGGAUGAAGAAUUGGCAUGUGGAAAACCUCCUAGGGGUCCUCUUCAUGGUGUUCCUGUAUCGUUUAAAGAUACGUAUAAUAUAAGUGGAUAUGAUUCGUCGUUAGGAAUGUCAAUGUUUGUUUCUAAGCCCUCUUUAGAAGAUUCUGCGCUUGUGAAAAUGAUAAAAGAUAUGGGUGCUGUGAUUCUUUUUAAAACAAAUGUUCCUCAGACGCUUUUUGCGUUUGAAUGUUCUAAUCCUAUUUUUGGUAGAACUUUUAAUCCAUUUUCUGCCACAUAUACAUGCGGUGGUAGUUCUGGUGGUGAAGCAGUGUCUCUUGCUUCUAAUUCAUCAGCUUUGGGUUUUGGAAGUGAUAUUGGAGGAAGUUUGAGGAUUCCUGCACAUUAUUGUGGUAUUUAUGCUUUAAAACCUUCAUCUGAUAGGUUUCCUUUGGCAGGGCAUUUUUCAAUUGUUGAGGGUUUUGAAGGAGUUCGUGUUGUUACAGGUCCUAUGGCAAGAUCUGUCUUGGAUUUGAAGUUUAUUACUAAAGCUAUAUUGAGCUCUGAGCCUGAAUCAUAUGAUUUUUCAUGUAUACCUUUGUCAUGGAGAGAAUCAUUGCGAUCAACGAAUUUUAAAGUAUUUGGGUAUUAUUUUGAAGACGAGUUUACUUUAACAUCUCCUGCUUGUCGUAGAGCAGUUCGUAUGGUAAUUGAUUCUCUUAAAGCUUUUGGUCAUAAAGUUGUUGAGAUACGUCCGCCUAGUUCUUUUGAUGCUGUUGAAAUAUUUAUUGGUUUAACAUCUAGUGAUGGUUAUAAAAGAGUUUAUGAUUUUGUUAAAAAAGAUCCAAUGGAAAAGAAUAUUUGGCUGCCAAUGUUGGCUUCUUGGGUUCCUUAUUUUUUAAAACGUGCUAUUGGAUAUAUAGUAGAAAAUAUUAUUUGUGAUCCGAAAUUUUCUAUGGUAUUUAAAGCUGUAGGGAAAAAAAAAACUAUAGAAUAUUGUCAUCUUAUUUAUAGGCGUAAUCUUUAUCGAAAAGAAUGGUUCAAAAUUUGGAAUGAAUAUAAACUUGAUGGUAUAAUUGCUCCUACUAAUCCACUUCCUGCAUUACCUCAUAAUGGAACAGCAAGUGUUUCUGCUAUUGCUGCUUCCACUUUUAUAUAUAAUUUGUUAAAUUAUUCAGUUGGUUCUUUACCUGUUACAUAUGUAGAUCGUACAAUGGAUGUAUUAUCCGAUGAAUAUAAAAAAUGGGAUGGACUAAUACAUCAAAAACUAUAUCAAUCGUCUCGACCCUUGUAUGAUCCUGAUAAAAUGCAUGGACUUCCUGUGGGUGUUCAAGUUAUAGCUCAACAAUGGCAAGAAGAAAAAGUAAUAGAAAUGAUGAGUGAUAUAGAAAAUGCAUUAAAUGCAUUAAAUGGAUGA